GGGAGACCUGCCCUCGCCGCUUGCCCCUCGCUCCGCCGCAGCGGACCGUCUACGGGCCCGUCUCUUCCCUCCUGUCCUCUCCCGGCCGCGGGCGGGACCGGGCGGAGCCGGCGGCCCGGGCGCGGCCCCUGACCAUGGCGUCGCUAUUCAAGAAGAAAACCGUGGACGAUGUAAUAAAAGAACAGAAUCGAGAAUUACGAGGUACGCAGAGAGCUAUAAUCAGAGAUCGAGCAGCUUUAGAGAAACAAGAAAAACAGCUGGAAUUAGAAAUUAAGAAAAUGGCUAAGAUUGGUAAUAAAGAAGCUUGCAGAGUUUUAGCCAAGCAGCUUGUACAUCUACGGAAACAGAAAACAAGAACUUUUGCUGUAAGUUCAAAAGUCACUUCUAUGUCGACACAAACAAAAGUGAUGAAUUCCCAGAUGAAGAUGGCAGGAGCAAUGUCUACUACAGCCAAAACAAUGCAAGCAGUUAACAAGAAGAUGGAUCCACAGAAGACAUUACAAACAAUGCAGAAUUUCCAGAAGGAAAACAUGAAAAUGGAAAUGACUGAAGAAAUGAUCAAUGACACACUGGAUGACAUCUUUGAUGGCUCUGAUGAUGAAGAAGAAAGCCAAGAUAUUGUGAAUCAAGUUCUUGAUGAGAUAGGAAUUGAAAUCUCUGGAAAGAUGGCCAAAGCUCCAUCAGCUGCCCGAAGCUUACCAUCUGCCUCUACUUCAAAGGCUACAAUCUCCGAUGAAGAGAUUGAACGGCAACUCAAAGCUUUAGGAGUAGACUAGUGAGAAAAACCAUAAUAUUUUACUUACUUAUGGUUAUUUAGUAUAAACCAGGCACAGUGCAGAUUCCUUUUACAAAACACAUUUAUUUGCAAAAAUGAAGACCAUCAGCAAUCAGUUGUUUCCUAACCCAUGGCUGUUUUUGAGUCUUUUACCAAAGAAUGACAAGGAUGCAAAAAUGGGAACAGUUUGGAUUUUAAUUAGAACUAUUUAGGAGUGAUGAUGUGUAAAAAGUUGACUUCUUUUCUGCAUGGCAUAGAGAAAUUAUAUUCAUUACUUACUGUUUAUGUUCUGUGUUUUUACACUGAAAAAAAUCUCAUUAAAUGCCACUUAGCACCAACUAAAGAGACUUGUAAAAAUAUUAAAAAUAUAUCAUUAAUUCUGUAUCUGUUGCUUGUCCUUUGUAAAAGUGAUAUGUGUUAUGACCUUAGGCAGUUCAGCUGCCAAAUUAUUUUUAAAUGAUCCAAAAGAAGAGUGCUAUUUAAACAUCUAUCUUAAAAACUGUCAUGAGCUUUUCUUUUCUUUUUUUUUUUUCCUUUGGGAGAACAUUCUAGUUGGUAAGUUUAUUACCUUUAAAAAUGUACUUGGCACCUGCCUUAAACAGCACAAACCUAUUGUACAAAUCUUUAAAUUAUUUUAACUGACAGAAAAGAAUUACAUUUUAAACCAAAAUUAAGGCCUCUUAGAAAAAUUGUCCUGGUUUUCUUUUGUAAGGCUUGUAAAAGUGAAUUGAAUGAAAUAUAAUUAGCAAAAAUGGACACUGAAUUAAUAACAUUUUAUAGUAAUAAGACUGUAUUUUGGUCUUCCAAGAACUGAGAAAAUAUUUCCAUAUGAGGUAUAAUUUAAUCUGUGUUUAAUUUUGAUCUUCAGUAAUGUAAAUAUUGAACCCUGUAAAUGGAAGCCUUCCUUCUUAGUUUAACACUACUAUGACAAUACUUGACCUAAAUUUUAAAAUAAAAACUAACAUUUUUUUUCUUUGUAAAUAAACUACAACUUUGUCAGAAAUUACUGUCUAAAUGUGUAUUAAUGUAUUAGCAGUAUUUCUUAAGGUGAAGUUGCUACGGUAUUUAAUGUUAUGUAUAGGAAGUGAGAAAAAAUGAAAUGGCAGAUUAGUCAGAGAUAGAAUUUAGGAUUAGGUUAGUUUUAAAAAGUUACGUCAUAAUACAUGAGUUCUAGCAUAUGUCAACAUAAAAACCAUGCAGGAAAUCAGAUAGGUAUAACCAGCUUCCGAUGAUGGACACAUUCGUUCUGAUAUCGACAGUGUAAAUGCAUGUUAGGACUAGCAUACACGUGGCACGUGGAUCGGUGGGAGGAAUGAAAAAUUCAGUUACGUAGUUGAUGAUUUCUGAGCCACCAUACGAUGAAAGAUGAGGUUGCACUGUCGAUAGCAUUAAACAGUUUCCUCAUCAUUGAUAAGUCAUAACAUGUUCCUGGAUUACGGAAUGUUAACCCAGAACUUGUGUUGAUUCUUGGAUGUACAUGAUGAUGCCAAUUAACUUUAUUUACUUUCUUGUUUACAUGUGGGGGCUUUUGUUUUUAAAAAUUAUUUUGUUAGAAAAAUUCCAAUAAAGAUUUAUUGCUGUUA